AUGCCUCAGCCGGAGUUUAUACAAGAAAGGCUUGAGAGCCUGAACGCUGUUGACAACCAGCUUUUGUCUACCUUGCUUCACGCCUCCCAGGCCGUUGGUACAAUCGAAGAGCUCAAACGAGGCAAUGAAAAUAUGAAAUCGCAGUUUGAGAACCAUAUACGCAGCUUUUACGGCAGUCUGGAGGAGGCAACGGUCGCGCUAAGGCGGGAAAUUAGACAUCUGGACGAAAACGUUGGAACUCGGCUCCUGCCCAUUAACGUUAACAAGAAAGCCGUUGGCCAAGACAACGAGAAAAUGAGAGAACAGUUUGAACACUUAGAGCAUGAGGCCUCAUAA